AUGAUCAGUGCCCUGAAGUGCCUCCCACCAGUGCCCAACAGUGCCUCCCACCAGUGCCCAGCAGUGCCUCCCACCAUUAUGCCCAUCACUGCCCAGCCGUGUCACCCAUCAGUGCCCAUCAGUUACGCCCAUCAGUACCCAACAGUGGCGGCAGCAAGUGCCAUCAGUCAGUGCUUUCAGUCAGGGCUGUCAGCCAGUACCGCCAGUCAGCGCUGCCCAUCAGUGCAGCCUAUCAGUGACCAUCAUUGCUGCAUAUCAGUGCAGCAUCAUCAGUGCCUCCUCAUCAAUGCCCACCUGUGCCACCUCAUUAGUGCCACCUCAUCAGUGCAGCCUAUCAGUGCCCAUCAAUACUGCUUAUCCAUGCCACUUCAUCAGUGCCCAUCAAUGCUGUCUAUCAGU